UUUGUCAAGAUGUCCACCUUCAAAAAGCACUUUGGACUGAAAUCCAGAGAAGAAUCCCUCCUGUUUAAAGAGCUCGAGAAGGUUCGCCAGGAGGCUAUAAAGGACUUGCUCAAAUUCAAGCAGAAGUUGGCGUCUAACCUGACUUCAAAUGAAGGACUAGACCACCACCCCCGUCCGGCCCGCCCUGGGGAGAAGAGGAGCGGUUCCUUCACGCCUCGCAGAACCCUUUCCAAAGGGUCCCCUCCCGCCAAAGUCCCUGCGACGGCUGCUGGGGUCUUCCUGCAGGAGGCGCUCCAAGGGAUAGCGCGCCCCUCGAGCCCCAGCGAGGCUUUCGCUGUGCGAAAGACCAGACCAUUUCGUCCCCAGGAAUUUUACUUGCGGAGCUCCGCGUUCCUGCGGUACAGGAUCCAGAAGAUACCGCCGAUCAUCACUCCGGACGUCGGCACAUCUAAACCUGUGGUCCUGCGGCCACUGCCCACGUCCCUGGGGAAGUCAAGAGCGCGCCUGAGUCCCCGGAGCCCGCGGGCCGCAGCGGCCAGGCGGGGCGUCGACCUGGCAGAGGAGCAAGAAGCAAACCAGGAGAUUACUCAGUUCUCAGAGGCCCAGAGGGCCAAAGACAGGAAGACCAGCUCCAUUUCCAGCGAGGACAGCGACUGGGAGGCGGGCUGGUGGCGGAGGAGAGUAAAGAUUCGCGCUCACUUCAUGAGCCAGGGCUCAGUCCCCAGGGGGUCGGAGGCAGAUGGGUCCAUUUCCAAAGCAGUGUGGGAGAGUGGCCUGCUUAGGGAUGUGCAGGAGGUCGCCCAGCCUGAGCUGCUGCCCACCAGAGUGAUCCCCAGAACCAUCGAGGAGGUCAUCACCUCGCUGCAGUCGGAGGCCCAGCUGGCCUCUGACCAGAUCAUCAGAGAGCUCAUACAGAGCAUCCUGGGCCAGAACUACGACAUAAAAAUGGAAGAUAUUUCUUUAAUGGGAAAACUGGGCCCCAAAACCACUGAGCUGGAAGCAGAAGCACCUCGGGCGGAAGAAGAAACACCUCGGACUGAGGCAGAAUCAUCUCAGAUGGAGGCAGAACAAGAGUUACAGAUCAGUGUUGAGGAACCUCAAGUGUCAAUGUUUGAGGAGCCCUUGCAAGAUGUGUCAAGUAUUUUCCAGAUUGAACAGGAAGCUAUACCAGAAUGGGAAGGCUCAGAAACAGGAAGCAUGUUAUUUGGAGCACAGGAUAUGUCACGAAUACAGACAGCAGAGCCAUCAAGUAAACCUUUGCAAGGUAGACAGCCUCCAGGAAAAUCAAAAGUCCACAAGCAGUUGAAAUCAGGACAACUCUUGCAAAUCAGAGGAAAAGAAGUUAAGAGAAAACCAAAAAGUAAACCAAGAAUUCCAGCAUGGAGAUUAACAAAGUCUUUAAAAUACCAUCGUGAUAAAAACCUGCCUAAAAAAAUUCUACAAGCCCCCUCCAUUCCUCACAUGCAUGAUCUGUGCACCAACAUCCCAGGCCGACAGCUGCCCAUUGACUUGCACCUGGCCUCUCGCGUGUACCACACUGUCAGCAAGAAGGGCCACCGUACCCUAGUUGAAUUUUUUGGAUCAUGUUUCUUAGAUGAUCACUUUCUAGACACAGAAAAAGAUAAAAUACUGUAUGGAAUUCCUGUUAAGAGAGAAAACGAAGACUAUGCCUGUGUCCCUCUGGUGCCACCAGGGAUACCUUCUGAAUUGGCACAAGGAACUAUGCAAUAUGUUCACAACCUGCAACUCUCAGGAGAGAAGACAUCUGCUUAUCCAGAAAUUACAAAGAUGUUUUGGAAUCCUUCUGCACCCAAAUUCUCUGUUCCAGAAUGUGUCAUGAGGGACAUUGUAUAUCCAAAAUAUGAGAGUGUUCAAAGAAGCAGAAUUUUAACUGAGAAAAUUUUGUCUGAAAGCAAGGAAAGAAUCAGUCUAAGUGGUUACAGAAGAAUGAGCUUUAAGGUUUUCUUACUAAAAAAAUCUGCUUCAUUUGAAAAUAUUAAAAAAUGUUUCAGUACACAGUCUACACAAUUGAAGAGAGCAAAAUCUGCAGUUGAAUUGAGAAAGGAGUUCACCACCAAAUCAUUAGAACUAAAGGAUGAUAUUCAAAGCAACCUGAGACUGUUGAUGUACCAGAAAAGAAGGGCGUUGGAGCUGCAGUUUGCUGAGCAAAAGAAGGCCCAGGCCCCUUUCAUCAGAGCACAUAUUAGUGAGCUCCUGGAGAGCAUUCCGGAUAACAGCACUUUUGAAGACAUCUCUCUGUCUCUCAUUGAAGCAUCGAAAAAAGCUGGCAUUACUUACAUUGUUUUUCCCAAGAGAAGGAUGAUGAAAUGGAAGAAAAGACUGAAAUCGAAUAAACUUACGACUAUGUAUAAAGAGUUAGCCAAGCCUCCAAAAACAAUCCAAAGAUCAUUAUCUCAUGGAAUACUUCCUGGAGAAAGGAAAUGUUUUCUCAGAGUUCCAUUAUAUGAACGUCAAGUACGGUGUCCCAGCUUACCUUUGAAGUUAGAUUUUGAUAAAUUUGUGGAAAGUAGGGGAGGAAUACCAAGGAAUACUAAUCCUCGGAUGUGGGCUGCUGAAAUAUUCAUUAAAGAUAAGAUUCCAAAAGUACCCCCACCAGUAGUGAAAACUUCUGUUGAAAAGGAGAUUUCUGAAAAAGUUGAAGAACCACCAAAACUAGAAUUAAGUGAUUUUUUGGGGUGUGAUCUUCCACCAGAAGUCAUUGAGCAUUAUAAAUCUGAAGUGAAAACCUUGACUCAACAAAUAAAUAAUAAGAUACUUCCUGAAGUUGCAUAUUGCAGGCGUGGAGCUAUUUAUAGGCAUCUGGGAAAGUUACAGAGUGCCAUGAAUGAUUUACAGGAAGCUAUAAUUUUGGAGCCAAUGCUUCUCAAUGCCUAUUGGCACCGACAUUUCAUUUAUCUUUUCCAAGACAGAAUUAACGAUGCUUUGGAUGACUUGAAUUAUAUAAGUAAAUAUAAUAAAAAUAAUACAGAGGCGUAUUUGUCAAAGGCAGAAAUUUUCAAGAACAAAGAAAACACUGCUUUGGCAAUUCUAAAUUAUACCCUGGCAAUUAAGUGCAGGCCCACAGAAGCUGAUAGCUAUUUCAGGAGGGGUGAGAUGCAUGAAAAAGCAAACAGAGUACUGGCCAUUGAUGACUAUUCUAAAUGUAUUUUUUAUGAUCCCCAAAGAGUAGAUGCAUUAUUGAAACGUGGGAUGUUUUUCUAUGAAAAUGAAAAUUGGACUUCAGCCAUACAGGAUUUUACAGCUUUGUUAAACAUAGAUCCCAAAAAUUUGCAAGCAAGGAUACAUCGAGCAAGAGCAUAUUUUAAAAGGAGUUUUUAUAAACAAGCAAUUCAGGACUUUUCUAUUGCUAUUCACUUAGAUCCUAAUAACUGGUUGUCAUUCUAUUAUCGAGCUUGCUUAUUUAGAAAGACUAACCCUCGUAAAGCACUACAGGAUUAUAGCAUUUCAGUUCUCCUAAAUGACGGCUAUGAGAAUUUUAGUUGUUUUCUACAUCGGGGCAUAGUCUAUGUAAAUCUAAAACUUUGGUGGCUGGCAAUUUGUGACUUUGAAGCUGUUAUUUCUCUAGAAAGAAAAUCAUGUCUGCAUAAAUUGAAAAGGGCAGUCAAGGAGUUAUCUCGUGCCAUCCACUUUCAGCCAGAUGGAGUCCAAUUAUAUAUAAUAAGAGGACAAUAUCUUCUUAUGAUGAAGUGUUAUGAUCUGGCAAAGUUCACUAUUUAUCAAGUAGCAGAAAUGAACCGUGGUCUCAUUGAGUUGAGCCCAAUACAGCAAGUAAUCAUUUAUUCAUUUUGUGAAAACCAUGAGAAGGCCAUUCAGGUCUUGGAGGAGAGCUCGUGGAGUAAGCCAGAAGUAACCAUGUUUAUCAUAGCAAAAACACUAAUGAAGGCCAAGAAAUUCAAGGAAGCUCUGAGAAUGCUUAAGAAGGCAUUGGAAAUCUGUUCUUGUUCUCUCAAAGGACAAAAUGCUGCAGCUUUUUCAUCAGAGUGUCUGUAUAACUUGGGUCUUUGUUACAUAGAAGAAAACAACUUCCAAAUGGCUUUUGAUUCUUUUACAAAAGCUGUGAAAGCAAAUCCUGAUUUUGCAGAAGCUUUUUAUCAACGAGGGUUUUGUAAAGUAAAACUCCACAAGGAAAGCUCAGUUCUGGACUUCAAUCGUGCAAUUACGAUCAAUCCGAAACACUACCAGGCAUACUUAGGCCGAGUAGCCUACUAUGGUUUAAAAGGCAGAUUCUCCAAAGCAAUUUUGAACUGUAACGAGGCAAUCAGUAUUUAUCCUGAGAGUGUGCGCGCCUAUGUCUGCAGAGGAGCUCUGAAAUACUACAGCGGGAAUUACAGGCUAGCUAUUGAAGAUUUAACUACAGCUAUCAACAUGGACAAAAAGUGUUAUGUAGCAUUUUAUAACAGAGCAUUAUGUUAUAUCAAGACAAAUGAACUUCAAAUGGCCUUAGCAGAUUAUGGAAUUGUGCUGCUGCUUGAAGCUGUAGAAAGUAUAAUCUUAAAUACCCUCAUUAAUCGUGGAAUCGUCUAUGCUGAGCAAGAGCAGUAUGGCUUUGCCUUAGAGGAUUUUAAACAAGCUGCACAGAUAAGCCAGACCAACGUGAGUCUUUGUCAUGCUACCGCCAUGUGCCACUACAGAAUUAAAGAGUAUGAAGAUGCUGUCAGUUUCUUCACCUGGGCUCUUAAACUUAACCCACAUUUUCUGGAUGCUCUUGUUGGUCGGGGGAAUUCCUACAUGGAAUAUGGACAUGAUGAAGCUACCAAGCAAGCACAGAAGGAUUUUCUGAAAGCAUUGCAUUUUAAUCCAUCAUGUAUAAAAGCCAGAAUCAGUCUAUGCUAUAACUUGCAGGCCCAAGGAAAAUUCCAGAAAGCUUGGAAUCAUUUUACUAUUGCCAUAGAAGUUGAUCCAAAGAGCUACCUGGCCUAUGAAGGAAGAGCUGUGGUUUGUCUUCAGAUGGGUAAUAAUUUUGCUGCCAUGCAGGAUAUUAAUGUUGCCAUAAAGAUCAAUACCACAGCAGAGUUCAUAACAAAUCGUGGUGUGAUUCAUGAGUUUAUGGGCCAAAAACAGAAUGCAAUAAAAGACUACCAAGCAGCAAUUGCUUUAGACCCCAAGUACUCACUGGCUUACUUUAAUGCCGGAAAUAUCUACUUUCACCACAGGCAGUUUUCUCAGGCCAAUGACUACUUCUCAAAGGCUUUAAAGUUUGAUCCAGAAGAUGAUCAUGCUCUCAUGAAUCGAGCUAUCACAAAUACAAUAUUAAAUAAAUAUGAAGAAGCAGAAGAAGAUUUUGCUUGUGCUGUUGAACAUUGUCCAUUUUGGGCUGCAGUAUAUUUCAACAGAGCACAUUUAUACUGCUGUUUGGAGAAGUAUGAACUAGCUGAGGAAGAACUGAGUAAAGCUCUGUCUUUGAAGCCUAAUGACACUCUAGCAUAUCACCUCAGAGCAAAAGUUCGUGGUAAAAUAGGUCUGAUUGAGCAAGCUAUGGCUGACUACAACCAAGCACUUGAUCUUGAAGACGCAUGUGCCUUACAUACAUGA